AUGAAGAAUAUCAUGCAAGUGCUAGAACAGCAUGAAAUUCAGCCAUAUGAAGUUGCACUAGUCCAUUGGGAGAACGAAGAGAUGAACUAUAGGAUAGGAGAAGGUCAGUCAAAGCUUCAUAAAGGAGAAAUCUUACUAAAUUCUGAGCUGGAUAGUGAUGAAGUUGUUCUGCAGAAAUUUGCCUUUUCAAAUGCCCUUUGUCUUUCUGUAAAGCUGGCUAUUUGGGAAUCAUUAUUGGAUAACUUUGUGGAAUCUAUCCAGUCAAUUCCUGAGAUACUGAAGUCACGAAGGAAGGUGAAACUGUCUCAUGCAGAUGUAAUGCAGAAAAUUGGAGAACUCUUCGCAUUAAGACACCGAAUAAAUCUGAGUUCAGACCUGCUAAUAACACCUGACUUCUACUGGGAUAGAGAAAAACUGGAAGAGCUUUACGACAAGACUUGCCAGUUCCUCAACAUUAAUCGCAGAGUUAAGGUAAUGAAUGAAAAGCUUCAGCACUGCAUGGAGCUGACAGACCUAAUGCGAAAUCACCUGAAUGAAAAGCACACUCUACGCCUCGAGUGGAUGAUAGUAAUACUCAUCACCAUAGAGGUUCUGUUUGAACUUGCAAGGGUAGUUUUCUGACAACAGAAUAAACUCAGGAAGAAGAAAACUGACAAAACCAUAAAGACCAUGUGGCCCAGAAAAUUCCUGUCUAUCAAUAUGCUUCUGGAAAAUACUGGAAUUGUCUCUCUUGAUAAAUAUGUACAUCCUCUACUCAAAUAAAAAAAAAUAAUA